GAACUAAAAGAAACCUGGGGCAACAAUUAAACAGACGAAAGGGGAAUAAGAGAUAAACAAUUUCGUGUAAUUGAUCGAGAAUAUAUAUAUAUAUAUAUUGUAUAUUACCGUUAAUUUAUGACUCUUUCAUCAAAUUCUUUUGAGGUUUCACGUCUAAGUACUAUCUCCUAGCUUCAUCGUUUGUUUAUGAAUUGUAGAAGAGAAGGAGAAGUUACCUUACAAUUUUUAGAUCAAUUGAGAGUAAAUUUUCGUUUUUGUAGUGUGGACAAACGAAGGGGGUAAAUAUCAGCAGAAUAGAUGAACGAUUGCGACUUUAAAACAAGUCUAUCACACGCUAUGAGCAAUGGGGAUGGCGAGGUAAAUGAUUGCCAAUUGGCGGCCCAUACAACAAUUGGUAAUGAUGAUGAUCUAUAUCUGGCUAGUCCAGAGGAAUAUUUUGUACCUGCAAGGAUAUUAGAACAAAUGAAUGGUGAAAAUGAUGGAUGUACUAUAACAGAAAGGAUGAAGAAUAUCAUUGUGCCUAGUGCCAACAACGAUGCCCCCAUAGACCUUGUAUCGAGACUAUAUCAAUAUGAAUAUGUGCCACUUGUAGCCACGGAAUCCCAAUAUGAGGCAAUUAUGUCGCCACCUGACCCUGAUACAUUACUUAGUAUACGAGCAGGUCCAGGAAGUGGCAAGACACACACGUUAGUAAACCGAAUAGCAUAUUUGAUUACUACUGGAAAUAUCCAACCGAAUGAGAUCUUGGUUCUUUCCAUGGCAAAUAGAUCAGUUAAACUGUUAAGAAGUAAUCUUUCAAACAUUAUUGGAGAAGAAUUAGCCAGUGAGAUCCAAAUAAGUACAUUCCAUUCAUUCUGUGGAAGUACUCUUGAAAAUUAUGGAUCGAGGUAUUCAUCUGAAUUUGGUCUGAGACGAUUGAUGGAUGAUUCAAGUUGGAAGGCAUUUUCAAAGUUCUUUCUGCGUAAAUCAAUCAAAAUAUCAGGAGUGUCAGUGGGAGUGAAUAUUACUCCAAUAAACUUACAAAGAAUGCUUUCAGAUAUAAAAACUGGUAAGAUUUCAGUAUUGGUAGCUUCGAAAAAGUUUGGGGUACCCCUUGAGUAUAUACAAGCGUUAUUGGCAUACCUUAAAGAGAAUGGGAUGAUGGUAUAUCUGGAUUUGAUUACAGAUUUCCAAUCGAUGGUGGAUAUGUCAUUACAAUUAGAGAACUCGCCAAUCCCAUCAUUAUUCAAUUUUAAAGUGGUAAUAGUUGAUGAGUUUCAAGAUAUGUACCACGAAUUACUUCAAAUGGUCGAAAGAAUUGUGAAAUAUCCAACAAAAGAUUUGAAUCCUGAUCAAUAUAAACAUUUAUGUAUCGCUGGAGAUCCGAACCAAAGUAUCUACGAGUUUCUUGGUUCGCAACCAGAUCUAAUGUAUCAUAUUGAUGAAAGGUUCCAAAAAUAUUCUAUUACUGAAGUUGAAUUGAACGAAUCAUUUAGAUCAACACCAGAGAUAUUGAGAGCAGCCACUGCCAUUUCAAUCUAUGACAAUGAUCAACAGAAUCAAUUAGAAAUGAUUCUGCUUCGACCACAUGGGUUUAAACCUACAUAUAUAGAGCAUGCAUCAGUGGAAGAAGAACAUUUUUUCAUUGCAACAGAAGUUACUAGAUUAAUAUGCGAACUGGGUGGGUUGUUAACACCUUCAGAUUUUGCCAUAUUAACUAGAACUCACAAUGAAUUAGAAAAAAUCAACAAAUUAUUUAAUGAUACAUUCGAUUUGAAUUGUAAUCGAUUAUCGCUGUCAGCAGUAUGGACAAAAUCUACAGUCCAUGAGUUUAUUAAUAUUCUUAUGGUAUUGAAGCAAGGAAGAGGGUCAAAUUUCCCAUUGUUGUGCAUGGUGCAACAUUUCGAUCCCGUAGGAUCUCGUCGUAUAUCACUGUUGUUCAAUAAACUUGCUAGUUGUGAGAUCAAAUCCCUUGAAGAGUAUUUAAUGAAUUCCGAAGAUGUUGAUACAUUGUAUAAGAAGCAUCCAAAUAUUUUGAGCAAUAUCCGAUUGUUUUUAACUUCUAUCCAACAAGAAAGGAAUUCGAUAUCAUUGAAGCUUUCCACAUUAACUCCAAAUGAUAUACUUCAAAGCUUAUUAAAUAUUUGUCAAAAUUGCAACCUCUUAUCAUUUCUUAAUUCACAAGAAAAUUUACCGUACUACCUUGAUUCAUUUCAUAAAUCUUUAAGAUUUUGCUUUGAAAGUUGGAAUGACCAAUAUAAAGGGAAUGACUUAUCAAGUGGAGACCAAGAAUUGUUUUUGGAUUAUUUUCUUCGAUGUUACGGAGAUCAAGUCCCGAUUCUAGAUAGAGAUAUGAUAAAUUUAUCAACUAUUCAUGCAGCCAAGGGUCUCGAAUUCCCCGUUGUGUUCAUAACAGGAGCCUCACGCAUGAAUAUUUUUUCAGGUCCAUAUUGGGAAUCUUUGUUAAAGAACAAACAUUCUCAUGUGGGUGCAAGCAGUCAAUCUAGAUUGUUUUAUGUAGCCAGCACCCGAGCUAAGAAUUUACUAUACAUUGGGGGAUUGAAGACAGAUUCUGAUCCCAAAUUUAUGCCUAGUUUAUGCCAAGAGGAGAUACCAAACUUGAAAAGUUCGAUUAUAAACGAUGAAGUAACACCGAAAAAAAUAUAUUUACAAGUAUUGGCAAAAGAAUUAUCUCGGUCAAGUCCGACCGCCAAAAAACUUACCGUGGGUAAAGAAUUAUUUACACAAUUUUCAAAAGAAACUAUAAUGAAUAAUACCAAAAGGGAUGAAAUAUUUACAGUAAGCCACAAAAACACGAUGAGAAAAACGCCGCCCUUUAGUCAUUUUAAAACAAAGGGUUCGGUGAUGACUCCUUCGUUUCCGGAUCUCCGAUAUAGUAAGAAUUUACGAUCCCGCAAAACGCCUUAUUUGGUCACCACACGGCACAUGAGCAGUAGCGGAGUGGGCCGCUGCGAAUUACUAAGUAUGGUGGGGCAAUUUAAAAGGUUCAUGCAUUAAUAAUUAUAUAUUAUUAACAAUUAUUAUUAGAGGUAUUUUACACCGGAACGGAAUAUACCAAUGGAACUAAAAUGUCAAAAAUAGCAAGUGAAUUAAAUAAAUAGGGAAAAGAAAAAUUAAAUACUUCGCGCGAAAAUGGCUGCAA